GGAACAAUGCAAACAGCUCAAUAAGAAGUCUGAAUGAAGUGGAAAAUCAGACUUUCUGCCUGGAGCAAGGGGCUGCUUCCCUGUGGCCGAGGACUGACUCAAAGACCCCAGGACCCUGGGAGACAGGGACUCUUACGUAUCCAGGAAGCACGUUCACCUAUACAUGUGAAUCAUGUUCGGGACAAGCUGCGGGAGAUCGUAGGCGCAUCCACAAACUGGAGAGACCAUGUGAGAGCGAUGGAGGAAAGGAAGUUACUUCACAGUUUUUUGGCUAAGUCUCAGGAAGGUCUGCCCCCUAGGAGAAUGAAGGACAGUUACAUCGAAGUUCUCUUGCCUUUGGGCAGUGAGCCUGAAUUACGAGAGAAAUAUUUGACAGUUCAAAACACUGUAAGGUUUGGCAGGAUUCUUGAGGACCUUGACAGCUUAGGAGUUCUUAUUUGCUACAUGCACACCAAAAAUCAUGCAACUAAGAUGUCCCCUUUAUCAAUAGUUACAGCCCUGGUGGACAAGAUUGAUAUGUGUAAGAAGAGCCUAAGCCCAGAACAGGACAUUAAGUUCAGUGGCCAUGUUAGCUGGGUUGGGAAGACAUCCAUGGAAGUGAAGAUGCAGAUGUUCCAGUUGCAUGGUGAUGAAUUUUGUCCUGUUUUGGAUGCGACAUUUGUAAUGGUGGCUCGUGAUUCUGACAAUAAAGGGCCAGCAUUUGUAAAUCCACUCAUCCCGGAAAGCCCAGAGGAGGAGGAGCUUUUUAGACAAGGAGAAUUGAACAAGGGGAGGAGGAUUGCCUUCAGCUCCACCUCAUUACUGAAAGUGGCGCCCAGUGCCCAGGAGAGGACCACCAUACACGAGAUGUUUCUUAGCACACUGGACCCAAAGACUAUAAGUUUUCAGAGUCGAGUUUUACCACCUGGUGCAGUGUGGAUGGAGACUACAAAGCUGAAGAGCUUAGAAGUUUGCCACCCUCAGGAGCGGAACAUUUUCAAUCGGAUCUUUGGUGGUUUCCUUAUGAGGAAAGCAUAUGAACUGGCAUGGGCUACUGCCUGUAGCUUUGGUGGUUCCCGACCAUUUGUGGUAGCAGUGGACGAUAUCAUGUUUCAGAAACCUGUUGAUGUUGGCUCCUUGCUCUUUCUGUCCUCGCAGGUGUGCUUUACUCAGAACAAUUACAUUCAAGUCAGAGUACAUAGUGAAGUGGCCUCUCUCCUAAGUAAAGAGCACACGACCACCAAUGUCUUUCAUUUUACCUUCAUGUCGGAAAAAGAUGUGCCCUUGGUUUUCCCCAAAACAUAUGGAGAGUCCAUGUUGUAUUUAGAUGGGCAGCGGCAUUUCAGCUCCAUGAGUGCCCCAGUGACCUCGAGGAAGGGCCACCUUGUGGAUCUCUAGGACACCUCCCUUCUUGUGAAGCAGCCUCCACCCACAGCGACUCGUCUCGCCUGAUGAAGGCCAGAGCAGAUGCAUUGGCGUUAGCAUUGCUUCUCAUCCUCAUAGGGAAGGAGAAAGCAUUCAGCCUGUAGGGUGAUCAGAGAAGCAGAAUGAGCCGUGACUGGAUGGGGCUGGGGGACAGUGUUAUUAAAUAAUAAAUCCUUUCAAAGCUGUAUUCAUUGUGAACCUGUCAGGCUGACCCUGUCUGCUAAAGGAAUUAGGGUAGAAUACCUGUUUACCCAGUUGGACGCAUUCCUUUCUUGCUCAUACUGUAACUGUCAGUAUGCAAAGUUUCCUGCCAGGGCAUUUGGAGGACAUUCUUUUUUUCCCCCUUUUUCCCUGUGUAGUGGUGCUGGGAAUU